GUUUAUGUAAAUACUUUGAUUGAAGAAAAAGAAAAAAGCCUUCUGCCCUACUCUGAAAUGGAGGUGUGGAUACGACGCAUGCGCACUUAGUCCACAACUAUCCAGUCCCGUCCACAAACGCAGACAUCAACAAGGGAGCGGGUUCCUGAUGCGGGUUGAUUUUCAUAAAUCGUAAGAACGCGCUAUAAGGACCACUACUUUGAAUCAGCUUCACGCAGCUUGCAACAAGGUAAUGAAUGCAGCCACUUUGUAUUUGUCUUAGGUCUUUGGAGCUUUAAAGACGUAGUUGUCUGUUCAGAUCAUUUAAAACAAGCUUCGAGUUGUGUCAGAACAAUUGCUCUUUUGGGGCCUUCUGCAAAACCGACUAGUUGGUCGACUUGAUGUGUAUCUCACCUUAUAAACAGGUAAAGUCACCGGGCAAAGUGUGAGGACGGCAAGAUGAACGCGAAAAUGUGUUUUAAUAGUGUGAGAAUAGGCUUCAUGUGAUUAGCAAGGGACGGCUGUUGUUGUUGUUGUUGGCUGUCGGAGGAAAUCACUCCCUUUAUUGCUCCCGAAACGUGACUAAAGUCGGUCAUUGUGAGCCGUUAUACGGUCGUAAAUCUACUCGUGUACAAGGCAUUACUACGCACAUUGUAGCUAUAGUGCGCAUGCAGUCUGCUAAACAUUCACGCUCGCGAAAUAAGCCAAGUUGAAUCUCUCACGCCCACCCGGACCAGAGAUGCGUCUCAGCACGCGGGCGCUGCUGUCAACAAAACAGCCACAGCAAACACAAAACUAAUGACGAACGCGCUACGAAACUCAAGCUGGGCACAAGACGCGUCGUUUAGCGAAAAACAACGGCGAAAAACACGGACUUUCAGAGAGCCGUCGCUUUGAACUUCGUGCACAUGUAGUUGAAGGUGGACUGUUGCAGUGACGCGGCUGUGGAAUAACAAAGAGUAAAGAUCAAAUUACACGGUUGGCUGAGGACGGCUUUACUUUACAAUUAAAAAGAAUAUGUUUUGCUUCCGAAAAUGUGUUCACCCGAGUUUAUCUCACGAUAUUAAGUUGAUGUAGGGAGGGAAAGUCGGGCAUCGUCGAGCAGGGGACGGUCAUCAUAAAAUGGGUGCGCAUGAAGCAGGUCGUGUGGCAUGCCAUGCUUCCUCGCUGGAGUGGGCGGUGAAAUUGGCGACUUGCACUUUUCUCUCGAUGAAAACAUGUAGAUUUCUCGGAACCUUCUCAUAAUUUGAAAAGUGCAGAUGUCGUUCACGCAAGUUCUAACAGUUUUAAGGAGGAAUUUUUGCAGUUUACUUUUAAUAUUGCAGCUUUUGCGGAAAAUCGCAUCACACCCCCUUCUCCACACUGCCUCCGCCUUUGAAGUGUGUUGCCAUGUUGAGUUGCGUCACGUACUGUAUUCUGCUGCAGAGAUCGUCUGCAGUUUACAGAUGACAAGCUCGAAGGUGAAUAUGUGGUCGGCCUUGCAAUGCUACCCCAGAAUACAAGCCGAGCUAACACAAGGUGGUUUGUACUACAGACAUAAAUUCACAGAUUUAAAUUGAUGGUGUUGAUUGCUUUGUUUUAUCAUUUUAACACCCUGCUGAUCAAAUCUGUUUGUUCUAAUAUUGAUUACAUCUUCAUAAUGUUGUCUAUUUAAUUAUAAGUCUGUUGUAGGCUGUGAAUUGUGACCUCUAAAUUGUGUGUUGCUGUCAGGGCUCUCAUGUAAAAUACAUGUUUAAUCUCCGUAAAGCACUAAACCGGUUAACUAGACUUAUGACUUUAGUGGUUUUAUUUGCUGGUUUCUGCAAAUAAACUUUCUGCAACAGUAAAGCAUAUAUAUAUCUAUUUCCAUGACAGUUUGCACAUUUAAAUCAGACAUUGCAGGGCCAGACACAUGUAUUUACAAUUUUUACAGACUUUAAUCAUAUUGAUAUAAUACAAAAUAAAGCAUUUUAAUAAAAUAAUAAGGUUACAGUUUAAUUAUUAGACAUUUACAUUGUUAGAUUUCCUACUGCUACUGAUUGUCAUACUGACAUCUUCAGUCAUCAGGAGACAGUUUUCUGGUUUUCAUAUGGCCCAAGGCUCUUUGAUAUAACCAGCAGAGUGAGAGGUCUUUAGUUGUUCCUGCUCUCUGUCUGCUCUCUGAGGCACCGCACUGUUCAGAGGACCCCGAGGACGGAUGGCAAGAAGAAAAAAAAAAAACCCAGUCUGGGGGGCGCGGCUCGCAGUUUUGCCGCAGUUCGGGUCUACAUGUGCUGUGGAGAUUACAGUUUGCCUAGCAACAUAAAUCAUAAAUUACGCGUGAUUUCCCCCGGACACAUUUACAUUUUUGAAUUUCCCUGCUUCUAUUUUGUAGCAAAUAAGCUUAUAAAUAAUAUAUCAAGUAACUUAUCCUCUGCAGCCGGGAGAAUCGAACUAGCGUUAUGUGCGUGCUUAUAUUUUGACUUUCCAAAAUGAAGCGUGCGUCCUGUGAGCGCAGCAUGUGACAUGAUCUGUCUGACACGCUGUCUGACUGUUGACCUACUUCCCCCCCCAUGUGGGUCAAAGCGGAGAGAUGCUCCAACAUAAUAGCUUUCCUGAUUUAUUUUGUGCGUGUGCUCUCUGAGCGUUACAAGACACCAUAUUUGUUUGUAUUAAUUCACAUUGAGGCUAAACGGAAAUAAAACAUCACCUUUACUGCACUUAACACGCCAUGCGCACUGAUGAGAGCCGGAGAUGUUAAUAUUUAAAUAUGUUUUUGUACGCAGAUGUUUGGCUUUCAUAAGCCAAAAAUGUACAGGAGUUUGGACGGCUGCUGCAUCUGCCGUGCAAAGUCGUCAAGCUCUCGUUUCACGGACAGUAAGCGGUAUGAGAAAGACUUCAGGAGCUGUUUUGGACUGAGUGAAACGCGAUCUGGAGAAAUCUGUAACGCCUGUGUGCUCCUGGUGAAACGAUGGAAGAAGCUACCUGUGGGAACCAAGAAGCACUGGAACCAUGUUGUUGAUGCCAGAGGAGGUCCCAGCCUAAAGAUAACUUCCAGGCCCAAGAAGAUAAAGUCCAUCUCCAAGAAAGCACGGCCGAUCCAGAUCAGCAGGCUGCAGAAAGAGCUUAAAAGAAACAACUCUGAUGCCCACAGCACCACCUCCAGCACCUCCCCGGCUCAGUCUCCGAGCUACAGCAACCUGUCAGAUGACGGCUCCGACACUGAGCUCAGCCCAGGAUCCAGUCGCUCUCCUGUUUUCUCAUUUCUGGACCUCACUUACUGGAAGAGGCAAAAGGUGUGCUGUGGAAUAAUCUACAAGGGGCGCUUUGGAGAGGUGCUCAUCGACCCCCAUUUGUUCAAACCAUGCUGCCGCAACAAACAACGGCAGCAGCGUCAACAAGAGGAGGAGGAGGAAGAAGAGGAGGAGGAGGAGGAAGAUGAGGAGGAAGAGGUGGAGAUAGAGGAGGGCCAGGUGGGCGUGGAUGUCAGCGGGAAUAAGUCCCAGAUGGAAGAGGAAGUGAAGGAGACACCAAGCUGUGAGGAAAAUGCAGGUCAGCUAUGUGUUACUGUGACUCCAGUGGUGGAGGCCGGAUGGUAAAGUCAAAGCCAGGCCCAGAUUUCUCUGAAGAAAUCUCAGGGUGCUGUUUUUUUUUUUUUUUUCUCAAGCACUUACAGAAAGAAGUUGCCUCAGGUUGCCUUCAAUCAUAAAGCAGCUGAAACUCAUUUGGUCUUCUCCAUGAUAACAUGGAGGUUUGUUUAUUUUGUUUAAAUGGUAAUUUAUGAACUGUUGUUUUUCCACUUUGUUUCUUACUUUGUAUUUAAUAUUCAAGCCAUCCUGACGAUGGACCAUAAUCCUUGGUAUUGUUGAUUUACUUUAGAUGAAAUGCUGGAGCUCUAGUUAGUUACUUUAAAAGAUUUGAUUCCAAAACGCAAUAGAUCCACUUAUCACAAAGAAGGUGCUACUUGAAAUUCAUUACUCAACAUUUCAAACGUACAGUUGAACCCAUUCUCAAUGUGGCUAUUUUACGAGCUGACCAAUAUAAUGGCAUUACUUUUGCCUUCUUUGUUAAGAGUAGAUGUCUCUUUUUUUUCAAAUGGUGGAUAUCUCGUUUUGGAAUGAAUGACACUUUACAUUGACAGAGCACAGACAUGUACAGUAGCCCCUGUGUUUGUGUCUUCUCACAUUGACAUCCAUUCCUAUCAAAGAGUUUGUGUUUGUAGACUGUCUCUGUGUGCAAAUAUGUGAGUGGGUCCCAUUUAAACAAGGCCUAUUCACAGCUUCAACAGCAAAUACACCAGCCUUAAUAAUGUGUUACAGACAGCGCUAGUGUUAAUUCUGGAUCGGUAUUAAGCAACACAAGGAAACACAAGGGACAGUAUAUUUAUUGUGGCCUCAGCAACACAAUGCAUUCAUGCAUUUUGCAUGAAUGGCAAGCGCACUCAUCCAAAAGACCGAAGGAUCUCUACUAAAAUUGCAUGGCCUUAUAUAAACUGUAAAUCUCACUUCUUAUUUUUAUAUGUAAGAAAAAAAUAAAAAGGAAAAAUAAGUUUCUUUCCAAAACAACACCACACAAUACGACAGCAAAACACACAAUCGGUCUAUAGUCAUUCAGCAAUAUCGAUAUCAGUGAUUCCUCUCAUUCCUGGGUCAGUAUAGGUAAACUACUUUAUACAAGUUGAAAUUCUAUGCCAUUGCCUCUUGUAUACCACAAAUGCGUUGUGAUAUAUAGCCUAAUAUUACUUUAUUUAUCAAACGAAAGCCAAAGCACAUUGAAAUUCACCCAAUGUCAAAUCAAUGCAGGUUUUCCAAUGCACACUUGUGCUUGUCCGAGGUCAUUUGUAUGUAUGUUUAUGGUAUUCUAAACGGAACACUAAUAUGAAUCUUCAUACAUGUGUUGUUUUAGUCGGGAGCAGAGGGGGACUUGUGUACAUAAGGGGCUGGGUGAGCGAUGUGGCUCUUGUAUGGGUUUCAUUAUUUAUUUCAUAUUUAUUUGUAUCACUGCUUACAAGUGUAAUAUUAUGAAUUCUUUUCAUCUUUAGCGUAUACGUAGAAUGGUUUUGUACUUAAGAAAUCGAAUGUAAUUCUCACGCAGGCUUUGUUUAACAUUGCGUUGAAUUACCGGUUGUCAAUAUUUGUGAAAUGUUAUUAAGUAUUUAUUUACUCAUCAGUUGAGUUGCGUGCAACCUAACUUAUUCUGUUCCAUUACUUUGGAUCUGUAUCAUGUAGACUGAAACGAAUGAUAGAUUGCAACCAAACUGUACUUUUUCUCCUUUUAGCUGGUAGCUUAAAAUGUUGCAGAAUUGUAGGAUACCUAACUCUAGACUUGCAUGUACUGUUGCUAUGCAUUUAUUUAGCUUACACGUUAGACAAAGCGGUUUUGUAUUUUUUAUAAAUCAUGUACUUUUUUUACCUGUCCCUUAAUAAAAGUAAUUUUUCGAGUUUUCUGAAA